AUGGAAGUCUUUUUACGGAAAGUUUAUUUUACUAUAGGAAACAGCCUUAGCCCUAUUAAUAAGUCCUGCCUCUGUGGAAAGCAUAUGGAUGAGUAUAUUCAUAUAGAAAGCUUGAAAAUCCAAUUACUAACCAGAGUAGGCUACAAGAUCACCGAAAAUGGCUAUAUCUCUAUCGCUGCUACUCAAGAUACUACCAAUCGAAAAAUCGGUUCGCGGAAAUGUGCUUUGAGUAUGAUCUAUGGUUUACGUGCGAAGGAAAGUGGGAAACUCAUUGCCAAGAGCAUCUGGAUAAUCCGGUCGAAUUGCUCCGCUGCGAUCCUUUGA